AUGGGUGGAAUUUUGUGUUGUUGUGCUGGCUAGGCUGCUUGCUGCGCUGGAGAAGCAUUUUGUAGAGUGAUUUGCUGUGCAUGUAAGGCAUGUGGAGUGAACCCUAAAAACUUUGCCAAGAUAAGUUAUGUACUCUUUGACACGUUUUGGGUGGCUAUUUCAAUUCUUUUGAUGUUCACUUUAUAACCAUUAUUCGAAAAAUAUGACUACUUAUUGGAAUGUAAUGAAGAAUCAGGAGGUGGUUCUGCUUGCUUUGGCACAUCUGCAGUUCUAAGAAUGAGUUUUGUUCUCUUUAUUUUUCAUUUGAUGAUCCUAUUGACUAUCCUUCCAAAAAUACCAUGCUCUUCAAUAUUUCAUGAUGGCUGCUGGACCAUUAAGUUCCUAAUAGUAGUAGCAAUUUACAUUGCAGUGUUUUGGAUACCUAAUAAUUUCUAUUGGGGAUGGGCACAUUUUGCAAGGAUAGUUUCAGGUCUAUAUUUAAUAAUUUAGGUCAUCCUUCUGAUUAUAGUAGCCUAUUCCUUGAAUGAUAAACUAGUUGGAGAGUUUGAAAAUGGAAAUGGAUGCCUUGGAGGAGUACUUAUUUCAAUCACUACCAUUUUUACACUGGGCAGCAUAGCUUUUAUUGUAAUGCAAUACAUUUGGUUCAGAGAAUGCGCGGGCCCAAUAGUCAUUGUGACCUACACUCUUGUAUUUGUGAUAAUUUUUUAUGCUUUAAUACCAAUAAGGACAAGAAAAGACUCUUCUAUAUUCACUUCUAGUAUGGUAUCAGCCUACGUUGUAUUUUUGAGUUGGAGUGCUAUUGCUUCUAUGCCUGAUGAAUAGUGCAAUCCAUUUUUAUAUAAGGAUGAAAAUUUAGUCUCCUAAAUAAUAAUUGGCGGAUUUUUCACAUUUUCAUCACUGAUUGGAAUAUCAGUACUGACAACCAAUAAAAAUGUAAAAUCCGGUGGUCCGAAUGAUAAUGAUAAAAAAAUAGGCGAAAAUGCAAAAUAUGUUUUGGCUGAAGAUAUGGAAGAGGCAAAGCCCGAAAAUCUGGACAACGUUGAAGUAAAUGGUUAAGUUAAAUCUCCAAGAGAACUAGGAAUAUUCCCAAUUACCUCUUCAACACUAAUAUUUUAGUUCAUUAUGCUUUUGGCCUCAUUGUAUUAUCCCAUGCUUAUAACUAACUGGGGUGAUCCCAAGAUUAAUGACAAUAAAUCAAACUUUUUCCAAGCAAAUUGGAUCAGCUUUUGGGUUAAAUUAUGCUCUCAGUGGGUUUGUAUUGCAUUGUAUUCAUUCAGUCUGUUAGCCCCAUUGCUUUGCAAGAAUAGAGAUUUUUAUUGA